CGGGAGAUCCUGAGGGGCUGGAGGGGGGAGCGGAGUGCAGGCGGGGAUGAACCUUGGUGGGCUGUCCCCGAGGAGCCUCGGCGCAGUCCCCAGCACCCUCAGGGCCACACCAGGAAAAGCCCAGGGAGCUGCGGGAGCCUCCGGCUGCCCCUGGCAACUGUGUUGUGCUGCCGCCAUCUCGGCGUCCCUGCGCUGCGAGCGAGGAGGAGCAGGCACCAGGCGAGAUGGCCUUCAGCCCGGAGGAGUAUUUGCGCGCGACUUUGCAGGACAAGCUGCGGCUGCCGCACGACGAGCUCCACGCGACCCGCGGCAGGACGGUGCCGACGUGGGAUGCUGCCGACCUGCUGCCCUCCACCCGCUUGCUGCUGAAGAGGCGGGAGGCGGCGGAGGUGGAGCGGGCGCUGCAGAGCCAGCGGCAGGAGUUUGGGCAGAGGAUGGAGCGCCUGGCGCAGCGCCGGCAGCAGCUGGGCCGGAGGGAAGAGCAGCUCCGGGACGUCGUCCUUAAAUUCGACGCCUUCCUCAAGGCUUCAGCGGCGAGGCGGGAGCGGGCGCUGUGGCGGGCGGCCGAGGCGCGGGCAGCGGGGCAGGGUGCCGAGGCCGCCCGCCUGCGCCGGGAGCUGGCAGGGCUGCUGCAGCGCAGGGAGCGCCUGGCCCGGCGCCUGCGGAGCCUCCGCGGCUUCGGGGAUUACCUGCGGGACGUGCUGGCCGGGAUGGGGCAGUUCCAGGAUGUCCCAGCCAUGCUGGCCCAUUUCGGGGCGCUGGCAGGGGUGCGGGCAGCCCUGGCACGACAGGCAGAAGCCGGGCAGGAGCAGCUGGCCCAGGGCCGGGCACGGCUCCGGCGGUACCGGGAGGAGGCCGGCAGCGAGCUCCUGCGCACCAGCGGCGAGGUGGCCCAGCUCCGUGCGCAGCUGGAGGCUGCCCGCCGUGACAUGCACCAGGGGGAGUCCCACUGGGCCCACGUCCAGAGCACGGCCGCCCAGAAGACCCUGCUGCUGGGGCAGAUCAAGCUGGCAGUGCUGAACCUCUUCCAGCUUGCCACCGCACGGCUCGAGGGCCCUGUGGACGUGGUGGCCCUGGAGGACACCGAGGCACAGCUGGACACGGUGCUGCUCUGCAUGCAGGACCUGGCUGCCAUCUGCGCUGAGCUGUGCCCCAGGCAGCCGGGGCCGCGGCCCCCACGCUUCCCCGCAGCCACCAGCGCACCCCCACAGCUCCGCAGGGGUGCCGGGGUGCCCCCGAGCCACCAAUAGCCCCCGGGGACAAGCGCCCGCUCCCAGGGCUGGGGAGAAGAUGCAAUGGCCAGUGUGGGGCCUGGCCCCCCACCCCCCAGGGGAUGAAGGUCACUCCCUGAGAAGUCUGGGCAGCCCCCCACCACGACGAGAGGUGACGGGGCUGGUGGUGGCACAGGCACACAGGGAUGGCACCGGCCAGGGCCCGUGGGGAGAGCCCGACGCCCUGGGGUACCCGGCUGCUGUGGAGGAGCUGGGGGGAGGCUGCCUCUCACGUUCAGGCUGCUGAGUAUCGAAAGUGCCUCUUGUCAAAAUACAACCCAGCUGUGGACCCGCA